GGAGUGCCUAUGGCGGAGUUUGGGGAGGACGGCUCGCUUCCUCCUCCUCCUCCUCCCUCGCACCUCGGGGACUCGGCCCCGGACGAGGCAGCUGCUGCCGGGAAGACGCAUUGCGAAGUGUCGGUCCUGAAUGGAGACUGUGGGAGACCGGACAGUAUGGUCGGUUCACCUGGAGCCUGCCAAGCCGGGCAGGAGACAGCCAACACCGGGGGGGGGCCGGCGGCUGCUGCCAAGCACGAAAUACCACGCAGGAGCAGCAUCAUCAAGGAUGGUUCCAGACAUCGCAAAGAGAGAAAGAAGACUGUGUCAUUCAGCAGCAUGCCUACCGAGAAGAAGAUAAGCAGCGCUAGUGACUGCAUCAAUGCUAUGGUGGAUGGCUCUGAGCUGAAGAAAGUGCGAUCCAACUCGCGCAUUUACCACCGCUACUUUCUCCUUGAUGCUGACAUGCAGUCUUUGAGAUGGGAGCCCUCGAAGAAGGAGUCAGAAAAAGCCAAAAUUGAUGUGAAAUCCAUCAAGGAGGUCCGCACGGGGAAAAAUACAGAGACUUUUAGAACUAAUGGAACCUACGAUCAGAUAUCAGAGGACUGUGCUUUCUCAGUCAUCUUCGGGGAGAACUACGAGUCCCUGGACCUGGUGGCGAACACAGCAGAUGUAGCCAACAUAUGGGUAACAGGACUGAGGUACCUCAUCUCCUACGGGAAACACACGUUGAAUAUGAUAGAGAGCAGUCAGAACAACAUGCGCUCGUCGUGGUUAGGGGAACUCUUUGAUGAGGCUGAUUGUAACAACAGCAAACAGAUAACGAUAUGUACCGCUGUGCAGCUCGUCAAGAAGCUGAACCCGGGACUCAAAAAUGUAAAAAUAGAACUGAAGUUCAAGGAGCUUCACAAAGCUAAGGACAAACCCGGCUCCGAUGUGACCAAAGACGAGUUCAUCGAGGUCUUUCACGAUCUUUGCACCCGACCAGAAAUUUACUUUCUCUUUGUUCAGUUCUCCAGCAACAAAGAAUUUCUGGAUACCAAGGACUUGAUGAUAUUUCUAGAGGCAGAGCAGGGUAUGGCUCAAGUUAGUGAAGACAUCAGCCUGGAGGUGAUUCAGAAAUAUGAGCCAUCUAAAGAGGGUCAGCUCAAGGGCUGGCUGUCUCUCGAUGGCUUCACCAACUACGUCAUGUCGCCAGAGUGCCAUAUAUUUGACCCAGAACACAAAACGGUUUGCCAGGACAUGAACCAGCCCUUGUCCCACUAUUACAUCAAUGCAUCCCACAACACGUACCUGAUUGAGGAUCAGUUCAGGGGUCCCUCAGACGUGACGGGGUAUAUCCGUGCCCUCAAGAUGGGCUGCCGCAGUGUAGAGCUGGACGUGUGGGACGGACCUGAUAAUGAACCUGUUAUUUACACUGGCCACACGAUGACGUCACAGAUCGUGUUUCGCAGCGUCAUCGACGUCAUCAACAAGUAUUCCUUCGUUGCAUCCGAGUUUCCACUGAUGUUAUGUUUAGAAAACCACUGCUCCUUAAAGCAACAGAGAGUCAUGUUUCAGCACCUGAAGAAGAUCCUUGGAGACAAGAUCAUACUAGAUCCUCCUAAACCCGAGGACUGUUACCUCCCUUCUCCCUCGGAACUGAAGGGAAAGAUCCUGCUGAAGGGGAAGAAGCUGAGUACGAACUGCACUGCUUCGGAGGGUGAGGUGACCGAUGAGGACGAGGGGGCAGAGAUGUCCCAAAGGAUGAGCAUCGAGUCUGCGGAACAACAGACCAUCGCACUCAAGAAAUUCCAGCUGUCCAAAGACCUCUCUGAUCUGGUGACCCUGUGUAAGUCUGUGGAGUUCAGAGACUUCGCAACGUCCUUCCAGAGUCAGAAGCACUGGGAGCUCUGCUCCUUCAAUGAGGUCUUUGCCACUCGCCAUGCAAGUGACUUCCCUGGUGACUUUGUCAAUUAUAACAAGAAGUUCCUGGCACGGGUUUACCCCAGCCCCAUGCGGAUCGACUCCAGCAACAUGAACCCGCAAGACUUCUGGAAGUGCGGUUGCCAGAUUGUAGCAAUGAACUACCAGACUCCCGGCCUGAUGAUGGAUCUAAACAUUGGCUGGUUCCGUCAGAAUGGGAACUGCGGCUAUGUGCUGCGUCCAGCCAUCAUGAGGGAGCAGGUUUCAUAUUUUAGUGCCAACACUAAAGAUUCUGUGCCCGGUGUUUCUCCACAGCUCUUGCACAUCAAGAUCAUCAGCGGACAAAACUUCCCGAAACCCAAAGGCUCCGGUGCCAAAGGAGACGUAGUGGACCCCUACGUGUACGUGGAAAUACACGGCAUCCCGGCUGACUGCGCUGAACAAAGAACUAAAACAGUCAACCAGAACGGGGACAACCCUCUCUUCGACGAGAGCUUUGAGUUUCAGAUAAACCUCCCGGAGCUCGCAAUGGUGCGCUUCGUGGUGCUAGAUGACGACUACAUCGGGGAUGAAUUCAUCGGCCAGUACACGAUACCCUUUGAGUGUCUCCAGCCAGGGUUCCGUCAUAUACCGCUACAGUCUCUGACGGGGGAAGUUCUGCCACACACCUUGUUGUUUGUUCAUGUGGCCAUAACCAAUCGAAGAGGAGGAGGUAAACCACACAAACGGGGACUGUCUGUACGGAAGGCCAAGAGGAGCAGGGAGUAUGCCAGCAUGAGAGUGCUAUUGAUCAAGGCUGUGGAUGAUGUCUUCAAAACAGCCGUCCUGCCACUUAGGGAGGCGACGGACCUCAGAGAGAACAUGCAGAAUGCCAUCGUGUCCUUUAAAGAGCUGUGCGGCCUUUCAGCUGUGGCUAACCUGAAGCAGUGCAUCCUGGCCUUGUCCCCCCGACUGGCUGGACCCGACGUCACUCCCAUUCUGCUGUUCAACCUCGCUGACCAGUACCCUGAGCUGGAACCACAAGGCCUGCUGCCAGAGGUCCUCAAGAAGGUCGUCACCACCUAUGAAAUGGUGAUCCAAACCAGCCGGGCGCUCCUGGAGACCUAUGAGGGGAUCUAUGACCGAAUCCUACAAACGCAAAAAGCAGCGAUGGAAUUUCACGAGAACCUGCAGGACUUGGCCACGAAGGAGGGCUUGAAGGGCCGGAAGCUGCACAAGGCGGUGGAGAGCUUCACGUGGAACAUCACCAUCCUGAAGGGCCAGGCCGACCUGCUGAAGCACGCCAGGAGUGAAGUCCAGGAGAACCUGAAGCAGAUCCACUACGCCGUGCUCACCUGUAACCUGAGUAAAGGCGGAGCAGCGGCCGGCUCCUCGGGCUCCGAGUCCCGGGGCCGCCGGAGCCUGGACGCCAUCGCCGAGAAGGCCACCGGGGAGGAGGAGCUACCUGGUGAGGACAACUAGAGUCCCACUGACCCCCCCGAUCAGACCUGUACGCUGUUCCCGCCUCCUGAGCUCGACGCCCACAGCUCCCUCCCUCCCUCUCUCUCUCUCUGUCUUCAACCCGACUUCAUCACUCUUCACUCAUGCGCUCGCACUCACUCAGACACACACUAGUGUUUUUUCCACAUUCCAUCAAGAACAUUCCUGUAUCCCAAAGCACAGCUGAGACCUCUUCCAGACUUCUGCCUUGUAAUCAUAAACAAAAUGCCACCACCACUUCUUCAAAUCAACCCGACUUCAGAUCUUCAAAAGGUCUGAGGUUGAGUUUUUGGGGAAAAUUAGGUUUUUAGUAUUUAUAACCUAAACUGUUGCAGCGUGGUACUGAAGCAGGGUUUUCCUCUGGGGCGUCUGGAGCUUUUUGAACCAUUAUCACGACUAAAUGUAGGAAAAGCUGAUUGUCAGAAGAUAGCGAGGAAAGAUAAAGAAGAGAAACACCAGAAGAGAAAACCAGACCUCGUGUGAACUGCACUUUCCUCCCGUAGCAAUCUGACCCUGUGCGUUCCUGUUGUGUGACCACUCAUCAGCUGACUCCGAGACCCUGUAGCGAGUCGAUUUGCUCUCACAGAAUGAUUUUCUCUUGACAUUUAACAUUUCUCACACUCGAAGUCUAUUAGAGCUCGUCGUCUGUGACAGGACGCGAUUCUUGGCGGUUUCACAGAUUUUCUCCGUGGUUAAUUCCGUUUGCGAAAUGCUGAGAAACUUCUUUGCACUGAAUUAAUUUCCUGUGUUGCAGCAGAACACGUUACAGCAACUUCCAGGAACUCCUGCAGGUUCAACGGGACUAAUGAAACACGUCUUAGACUGAUGAGCUCCAGAAGACUCGCUGUAGAUCUGAGUUUCUGUGUUACUGGUUUCACGCUCAGGCAAUAAACCAAUUACCUAACCGGCCCACGGCUGCACAUAAGAUAAAAGCAAGAUUAACACCACGUCUAUUUCAUUUUUAUAACCAUAACACCUUGCAUUUAAAGGAUGGUAAAAACGUCAUGGAUGUUUUAAAGGCGAGAACACGUGAUCGAGCAGCAGAUGAGGCAACAAACUAGGUUAGAGAUCUUUUAUUUCAUCAUGAGAAGUCUGGCAGUGGAAACUAACGUUAAAAGCUCUCAGUAAGUGCUCCACAGAUCCUGAACCGACUCAAGUACGUUCUUUAUAAAAAUGAUUUGUAAUUGCCCCAGUGUUUAUUACCCAGAGAAAAGAAUGUCCACACUGUGAAACCCCUACUAGAGACGGACUCUUUAAAAUCUGAUAAACUAGCAGAAGAGAACUCUCAGCAAAGUGUUUUCGGUGGUUUUAGGUUCUGCUCCUAAGUCCUGUAAUAGCAGAGGAAACCCUGUUAAAUAAUAAUAAUAAUAAUACAUUUUAUUUGGAGGCGCCUUUCAAGUCACCCAAGGUCACCUUACAAUUAAAUAAUACAGGAUAAAAGAUAAAAGCAUAAAAGAUAGAAACAACAUUAAAACAGAACUUCAACAUAAAAACAAGUGAAGUGCUUAGUGUCUUUCUUUCUAAACAACAUCUUCACAUCUGAAGUUUCCCUAAUGAGCACAAGUCGUGUAAAAGCCAAAUCUUAAGCAUCCAGCAAAAAGCAUCAGACACAAAUCACGCUGAAAUCUCACAUCCAUUCAUCUACAGUCCUCCAUUCUUCUUUCUGACCCUGUCACUCGUUUCCUGUUUGAGCUGGGGGGGGCAAAGUCAACCACCAGCCACGUGACAAAGGACAAAGACGUGAAACUGCUCAGAGACUUCUACUCUGUGGACAGAGGGGGGCGGGGCUACACGAGGAGACGAGAAAAGAAAGGGAGGCGUCGGCUUGCUGAAAGAGAUUUUUUUAAAAGCACAAUUUUCUGGAACUAUGAAUGUAACAGAACGGAGGGAGCGACCGGAACCGGAAGGAAAACGGAAAGAAGUUAAACAAAAGAAAACGUGAAGAAUGAGAGUUAAGAGUUGUUUACAAUAAUGAACUUGUCCAUGUUCUCGUCUGCCAAAUUAGUAUCAUAUACUAUGUGUACAUAUAUAUAUGAAGUUUCCUGUUACCUUUUUUCUGCAGAGUGCAUCAUUUUAUUAUU